UGAGUAAAAUAAAAUGCAUUAUUGUUGAACGGAAACAAAAAAAAAAUAUAUAAGCACAUUUAAAUAUCAAUGACCAAACAAAAUGUUCCAGCUCUGAAAACUUGCAAAGCUGUCACCAGCUUUUGAGGAGUACUCCUUUCCCUUCACGCGUCCCACCACCCUACAAAAUAUUCUCAUUCAAAUAUACAUACAUACACACACAUAUAUAUAGACCCUCUUUGUAACAUAUUAGUCUCAUUCACAUCACAACUAUUACAAUUACACUUUCAUGUGUCCAAUGGCUUCUUCUAUUCGCAUUAAUAUGCUUGUUGGAGUUAUGAUAAUUAGCUCCUUGAUAGCUACAUGUGCUGCUAAUUUCAACCAAGACUUUGAUCUUACAUGGGGUGAUCAUCGUGCUAAAAUAUUCAAUGGUGGACAGCUUCUAUCUCUUUCUCUAGACAAAACCUCUGGCUCUGGCUUUCAGUCCAAGAAAGAAUACUUAUUUGGUAGAAUUGAUAUGCAACUCAAACUCGUUGCUGGAAACUCUGCGGGAACCGUAACUGCUUACUACUUAUCAUCGCAAGGGCCAACUCAUGAUGAAAUUGAUUUUGAAUUCUUGGGGAACGUUACUGGUGUUCCAUUCCCAAAGAACCAACCAAUGAGAAUCUAUUCAAGUCUGUGGAAUGCUGAUGAUUGGGCUACAAGAGGCGGUUUGGUGAAAACGGAUUGGUCCAAAGCACCCUUUACAGCUUACUAUCGGAAUUUCAAAGCCACUGAACUCUCCUCUGUGUCUUCCAAUUCGUUCUCUGAUUCUACACUGCAGAACAACAAUGAGCUUGAUGCUUAUGGUAGAAGAAGAUUGAGAUGGGUUCAGAAGUACUUCAUGAUAUAUAAUUACUGCAAUGAUCUUAAGCGAUUUCCACAAGGGAUUCCUGCUGAGUGUAGGCGCUCAAGGUUCUGAAAGAUCAUGAAAGAAGAACAACUUAUCAUACAGUAGUUAAUAUAGUUAUGUCAAAUGUAUUUGUUUGCUUCUGUUUUUAUUUAUUAUGAUUCUUUGAUUUUACAUAUUUUGUGUCUAUAUUAUAUAAAACAUGAUCAAAUAAAUCAAAUAAUUUACUACA